AAGCGCGCGCCAUUAUUCCGUUAUAAUGCUGUUAACUUCCUGCUUUCACUUUUGAUUUCGUCUCCGGUCAUGAAAUGGCGUCGAGUAAAGGUUUAUUCCCCCAGCGGAGGAGACGUCAGUCUUUAUCACCUGCUAUCAUGUCUGAAGUGAGAAUUGUGCUGCUGGGGGAUAAUGUACCUUUGACCAGCAGAGUGGGAAACAUCAUCCUGGGCAGAUCUGCAUUUAAGACUGAGGUUCUACAGAGUGAGAGAGCCAGUGGUGAUGUGGAGGGAAGACUCAUCACCAUCAUAAACACACCUCAUCUCUAUAACCCACGUCUCUCUCAGGAGGAAGUGAUUCAGAGAGUAAAAGAGUGCUUUUCUCUCGCUGAUCCUGGACCUCAUGUGUUUCUGUUAGUGCUUCAGUCAGAAUUAAUAUCACAUGAGCUACAUGACAGAGUCAGAAGUGUAUUAGAAACUUACAGCCCAAAGUCUAGCACACGGACAGUAACGUUAACUAUAGGUAAAGUCCAUGGAUUCAUCAGUGAAUGUGAUGUGAGACACCACAGAAUUGAGAGUCUAUCUAAAUUUGAUCAACACAAGGUUGUUCAGCUUUUGGGGAAAAUAGAUGCAGUGGUGAAGGAGACUGGAGGAAGUGACUCGAUCUGUAAAAUGUCUGAACUUCUUAAAGACCAUGCACAAGACAAGAAGCGCUCAGGGACACCAGGAAGACACCAAGAUCAUUGGACUGAGAUCACAUCAGAGACAGAUAGAAACCUGGAGGAAAGUAAAGGAACAAAAAUAACCCGGUCGGUUGUGGAUGAACAGGCACCAACCAGUGAAGAAUUUAGAGAUAAAGGGGCAGGAACAAUCGAUCAAUCAACAUUCAACCCAGUCUAUUCACCAGGUUUAUUCCCCCAGCGGAGGAGACGUCAGUCUUUAUCACCUGCUAUCAUGUCUGAAGUGAGAAUUGUGCUGCUGGGGGAUAAUGUACCUUUGACCAGCAGAGUGGGAAACAUCAUCCUGGGCAGAUCUGCAUUUAAGACUGAGGUUCUACAGAGUGAGAGAGCCAGUGGUGAUGUGGAGGGAAGAUUCAUCACCAUCAUAAACACAUCUCAUCUCUAUAACCCACGUCUCUCUCAGGAGGAAGUGAUUCAGAGAGUAAAAGAGUGCUUUUCUCUCGCUGAUCCUGGACCUCAUGUGUUUCUGUUAGUGCUUCAGUCAGAAUUAAUAUCACAUGAGCUACAUGACAGAGUCAGAAGUGUAUUAGAAACUUACAGCCCAAAGUCUAGCACACGGACAGUAACGUUAACUAUAGGUAAAGUCCAUGGAUUCAUCAGUGAAUGUGAUGUGAGACACCACAGAAUUGAGAGUCUAUCUAAAUUUGAUCAACACAAGGUUGUUCAGCUUUUGGGGAAAAUAGAUGCAGUGGUGAAGGAGACUGGAGGAAGUGACUCGAUCUGUAAAAUGUCUGAACUUCUUAAAGACCAUGCACAAGACAAGAAGCGCUCAGGGACACCAGGAAGACACCAAGAUCAUUGGACUGAGAUCACAUCAGAGACAGAUAGAAACCUGGAGGGAAGUAAAGGAACAAAAAUAACCCGGUCGGUUGUGGAUGAACAGGCACCAACCAGUGAAGAAUUUAGAGAUAAAGGGGCAGGAACAAUCGAUCAAUCAACAUUCAACCCAGUCUAUUCACCAGUGUCUGAGCUGAGGUUCAUUCUUUUGGGGAAAAGUGUCUCAGACACCAGCAGUGUGGGAAACCUCCUCCUGGGCAGAUCUGUGUUUGAGACUGAACAUCCUCUACAUUCAGUACUUCAGUGUGAGAGAGUCAGAGAACAUGUGAAGGGAAGAUACAUCACCAUCAUCAACGCACCUCAUCUGUUUGACCAAACCUUCUCAUAUCAUCAGCUCACACUGUGUAUUAAAGACUGUGUGUCUCUAUCGGCUCCUGGACCUCAUGUCAUAAUGCUCAUUGUACAGCCAGAAAGUUUCAGUGAAACAGACAAAAUACGAGCAGAUAAAAUUCUCUUAUCUCUGUCUGAAGAGGCCCAUAAAUACACCAUGGUGUUAACUACAAAGAACAUAGAAAUCGGCAGCAGUGUUGAUCCAGUGGAGGAGAAUGUAAUACAGAAGAUCAUUGCUGAAUGUAAUUACAGACAUUUAAACUUCAUUGGAUGCAGCCAGGCCGAUCUUGUAGAGAAGCUGGAAGAGAUGGUCAAGGAGAAUAAAGGAAGUCUUUUCUGUGAGAUAUUUGAAGAUGCUGAGACUGCAAUAGGCAACAAAAUGUACAACGUACAGCCAGAAAUGGAAGAAACUGAAAAAAUAGAAGAGUGUGCUCUCACGGAACAAGAGCAUAAAGAACCAGAUGAAAUGGAAAAAUAUGUUCAGAUAGACGAAGAAGAACAUCAUUCUGCUUUGACUACCAAAGUUUGUCUGACUGUAGACACAAGACAUUUCAAAAUUGUGCUGCUUGGCAGAGAAAAGAAAGUAAAGGCCUCAAUAUCUAAACAAUUACGUGGUAAAAACACUUCACCAGACCAGACAGAAUCCAGCUCAGUGUGUGAGAUAAAGACAGGAGAAGUUUGUGGACACCUGGUCACGCUGGUGGAGCUGCCUGCUCUCUACAACACUCAACUCUCAGAACAGGAAGUGAUGCGUCAGACUCUACACUGUGUCUCUGACUAUAAUCCAGGAGUUGAUGCUUUCUUCAUCAUUGUUCCUGAAGGUCUUCUCACUGAUGAAGUUAAAGCAGAAAUAGAGAUGUUUAAGAGUAUCUUCAGCUCCAGAGUUAAUGAUCACACCACAUUCAUCAUCACCCAGAAGUCACCAAAGAAAGACAUAAAUAAAGAUCUUCAGGCUUUAAUAAAGACCUUUGGAGCAGAAUAUAUUUUAUACAGCAGUAAAAUAAAUGCAGAAAAUCUGCUCCCACAUGUUAAAGACCUCCUUACAAAGAACAACAACUGUCAGUAUACGAUGGCCAUGUACGCUGAGGCCCAGGUCGAAGCACAGCUGACAUACAAACGUCAAAUUCACAAUCUGGAAAAACAAAUGACUGAACUCAAGAGAAAAAGACCUACAACACAAGAUUUAUCAAAAAGCCCUGAAACACUCAGAAUUGUGCUGUUGGGGAAGACUGGAGUUGGGAAGAGCGCAACAGGAAACACCAUCCUGGGGAAAGACGUAUUUAAAGAAGACCUGUCUGAUGAAUCAGUAACCAGUGUGUGUCAGAAAGAGACAGCAACAGUCGGUGGGAGACAGAUUACUGUGAUCGACACUCCAGGACUGUUCGACACUAAUAUUGAUAAUGAAGAGAUCAGGAAAGAGAUUGUUAAAUGUAUCUCAAUGGUAUCACCUGGUCCUCAUGUGUUCCUGCUGACACUGAAAAUAGGACAACGCUUUACACCAGAGGAGAGAGAGACAGUGGAAAUCAUUGAGAAGACUUUUGGUGAGAAAUCUAACAUGUACACGAUUGUGCUCUUUACUGGAGGUGAUUUGCUAAAACAAAAGACAAUUGAACAUUAUGUGGAAGAAGCUGGGGUUAAUUUAAGGACACUUAUGUCUGACUGUGGGAACAGAUAUCAUGCUUUUAACAACAAUGAAACAAAAAGCAACAACCAGGUCCUGAUUCUACUGAAUAAGAUUGAUAACAUGGUGGCAGUGAAUGGAGGAAGCUACUACACCAAUGAGAUGUUCCAGCAGGUCGAAAUGCAGAAGCAAGCAGAACUACAAGGGAAGAUAUUGAAGGAAAUGGAGGAGCAGAUGAAGAGAGAGAGAGAAGAACUGGAAGAUAAACACAAACAAGAGACAGAAAGACUGAACUGUAUUAUACAAGCAGAAAAACAACACCAUCAAGGGACAUUGGAAAUGUUGAAGGAAAGGGAAAGUGAUCUAGAAGACAGAAAUGUGGAGCUGAAUAAAACAAAAGAAUCUCUAAAUCAAGCAAAACAGAGAAUACAAGAUAAAGAGCAGAACUAUAAGUUAAAUAUGGAGUUGUGCAAGAAGAAAGAAUGUGAUCUAGAAAAAAUAUUAAUUACCAAAACUGAGGAGCUGCAAAAAAUGAAAGAAACUCUUGGUCAAGAAAGACAGAAAUUAAAGUAUACAGAACACACGUAUAAGAUGAAUAUGGAAUUGUGCAAGAAGAAAGAAACCGAUCUUGAAGACAAAUUAAAUACCAAAACUGAGGAGCUGCAAAAAAUGAAAGAAACUCUUGGUCAAGAAAGACAGAAAUUAAAGUAUACAGAACACACGUAUAAGAUGAAUAUGGAAUUGUGCAAGAAGAAAGAAACCGAUCUUGAAGACAAAUUAAAUACCAAAACUGAGGAGCUGCAAAAAAUGACAGAAACUCUUGGUCAAGAAAGACAGAAAACUACAGCAGUCUCAGACCAGCUUCACCACCAUAUAGAAGAAAGUAAAAUAAAGGAACAACGUGAACAAAUGGUAAAAGCAGAGGAGGAGAAACAGCGAAGAGGUUUAGAGGACAAGAUUAAUCAGCUCAAUGUCAGACUGCAUGAAGAAGAAAAGAUGAGAAAGGACACACAAAAUCUGUAUAACACAAUUAUGAAAGAAAGCGCACACCUCAAGUGGCAAAAAGACCAGACUGGUCAAGAAAGAAUGGAUGAAAUUCAGGAAAUGAAGAAGUGCUGCCCUGAAACAACAGUUCAUAAUAAGGAAGAAGAAAUUAAAGCACUUAUGGACAGACUUAACCUUAUGGAUUGGCAACAAAAAUGUUUGAAAAGUACCGACUGCCUUGAAAUAACUAAAUCCUCACUAAACUACCAAAAUCCUGAGAUUAAUGUGGCCCAAGUCUUUCUAAAGCGGCUACUAACAGUGAAUUACAAUGCAAGAUACUGCAUUAGAAAGGAAACCAAAAAACUCUCAGGAAAUACUGAAAAGACAGAAAUUGAGCUCCACCCCAUGGAUGUCCAGAUGGCGGUGUUCCACAGCUCUGAUCAUUUCCUAAAGCAGCUAGUAGUGACUAAACUAGCUCAGUGUCAGUACGCUCUGCCUCUGCUGGUGCCCAAUCUCCUCACCAGAAAGAUCGAGUUUCCUCUCUGGACCUUUCGCAAAGUCAGGAAGAGCUGGAGGACUAAAACCUCCACUAGUGAGGACAAAAUGAUUGUUGAGACAGAAACUCCAAUGGUGGCAUUCUUUAGGUUUGGUUCUGUAUCUUCAUCUAAGUCUCAGCUGAUUAACAGCAUAAUCAAUGAAAAGCAUCACACAUUCUUCCACAGACACUGUGCAGGCAGCAGCAGAAACCAGUUACUGAUGGAUGGAGUGGUGGAGAUUGCUUGGUACUGCCCUUCUGGGAAGGAGACUGAUCAUUUCCCUGACUGUGUGGCGUUCUGUAAUCUUCAUGGUGAAGCUGGAGCUCAUGUAACACAGCAUGAUAUUUUAACAACGAUGUCCUCUCUGAAUGUUGUCUUUAUACCUGAUUUUGGUCAGAAAAAUCACUACAAAGGAUUAGUGAAACGGCUCUUUAGCUCCCCAAAGCCUCUGAUUUGUGUUCUGACAGAUGAUGAUUCUCCUGUAACAGAGCUGCUAAAGGGGAAGUUCAGUGUUGGAUUAAAGGACAGAAAUCGGCAUGAUGUAUGUGAAGAACUGAAAGGAACUAUCAGAGACUGUCUAUCAGAAACGUCAAACACCUUUAAACUAGAGGAUCUGGCCAAAGACACACAGGUCAGAGUGGAUGAAGAUAAUGGAUUCUGUAAGAAAGGAAAGGAAGCUGCCUUCAAGAUAAUGUCUCUGCUGAAGAAUAAUGACCAGUCCUUACACAAAGAAACAAGUCUACCAUGUCAGGGGAAACUGUGGCAUGACUGGUGUAAGAGGAACAAAGAACUACACCGACCUCAUGGACACAACAUAGAAAAGUACACAAGUGAAAAAAACAAGGAAAUGGAUAAAAUCCGGGAACAGCAGCAAAAACAUGGUCUUAGCAACUUCAUGAAGUGCUUUAUCAAAGGACUGAAUUCUAAGGAAGCUGAUGAGAAACUGUAUUUCCUGAAAUGGGUUGAAAUCCUUCUGAACAAUUUCACUGUAGAACGUCUCUCCACCUUACAUCAGGAAUAUGAUCAAACGUGGUCAAAAAUGUCAGAAGUAAAGAAAUCUCAUGUUAUAGCAGAUCAACUGGAAACUAGAAAAAAGCUUGAGGAACUGUCAGAGCAGCUGAAGUCUGCUUCUUUUGGUUUAGAACAUAUACUCAGGGAGAUGGGACAGGUAUAUGAGUCAAAUCAGUCUGUAAAAAUGAAAAGAAGAAAAAUGAAGCAAAGAGAAAACAUUGCUCUAUUUCCUGCUCUUGCAGCUGAACUCAUUCUUUCAGGAUAUCCACUGGAGCUGAUGGAUGGAGAUGCUUCUCAUGUUCCUCUGAUCUGGGUUUCAGCAGUUCUAGAUGAACUUGUGAAGGUCCUGGGGGAUCAGAGAGUGUUUGUGCUGUCAGUUUUGGGGAUUCAGAGCUCUGGGAAAUCCACCAUGCUGAAUGCCAUGUUUGGACUCCAGUUUGCUGUCAGUGCUGGAAGGUGCACCAGAGGAGCCUUCAUGCAGCUGGUCAGAGUGUCAGAGGAGAUGAAGGAAGAGCUGAAGUUUGACUACAUUCUAGUUGUAGAUACUGAAGGACUUCGAGCGCUUGAGCUCGCAGGAACAUCCACUCGACAUCAUGACAAUGAACUCGCCACAUUCGUUGUUGGUCUUGGAAAUCUGACCUUGAUCAAUAUCUUUGGUGAGAACCCUGCUGAGAUGCAGGACAUCCUUCAGAUUGUUGUUCAGGCCUUCCUGAGGAUGAAGAAGGUCCAACUCAAUCCCAGCUGUGUGUUUGUCCACCAGAAUGUUCCAGAUGUUACAGCCGGACAGAAAAACAUGGAGGGACAGAGAAAAUUACAAGAUAAUCUGGAUAAAAUGACCAAGCUGGCUGGUGAGGAGGAAUCCUAUGAAGCAGAAAGUUUUAGUGACGUCAUCGCAUUUGACAUAAAAAACGAUGUGAGAUACUUUGCACAGCUGUGGGAGGGAAGCCCACCCAUGGCUCCUCAAAACCCAUUAUACACUGAACAUGUGGAAGAGCUGAAGAAGACAAUACUGAAAAGGGCCUCAAAAAGUCCUACUCUAACACAGUUUAAAUCACGGAUUAAAGAUCUCUGGCAAGCACUUCUGUGUGAAAACUUUGUGUUCAGUUUCAGAAACACACUGGAGAUCACAGAAUACAGAAAACUGGAGGAGAAAUAUGGGACAUGGACCCGGGAUCUCAGGAAAUCUAUACUCGAUAUACAAGACAAACUACACACCAGCAUCAACAACAAACAGCAGUGCACAGUUGAGAGAAAGGAAAUUAUAGAUAAAAUGAGAGAAACAUUUAAUAAUGUGACAGAAUCAGUGCAAUGUUACUUUGAGGAAAAUGAAUAUGGGAGAGACAUCAUUCAGCAAUGGAGAGGAAUGUUUGAGCAAAAGCUUCAAAAUCUACAUGAUGAACUUGUGACACAAACAGUGAGAGAGCUGCAUGAGAUCAUUUACCAAAAGCAAACCUGCAAAAACCUGGAAGAUCAGAAAUCUCAGUAUGAGGCAGAUCUUUUUAAAAAGAGCAAAGAGCUGGCAUUGGAACUGAAAAGGGGUGAAAAGAAACUGGAUGAAAAGCAGCUGAAAGAACAUUUUGAUUUAUUGUGGAAAAAGUGGGUCUCUGAACUGACUGCAAAGCUGACAAGGACACAAGUGAACAUAGCAGAAGAUAUAACACAAAUACUGUGUGAACACUAUGAAAGAAAACUUCUGUCUGAGAGGAAACCUGAAAAGUAUGAGAACAUAAGUGUGCAGGGUGAUUAUAAGAAAUAUAUAACACAUGGGAAAAAGUGGAAAGCUGUUACAGAUUGGUUUUUUCAGUUACCACCUGAGAGCCAAGACUCUAUAAGGCAACUGAUCCUGAAAGUCAUUGAGCAAACUAAAGACCUGAUAAAAUUAAAACCAGUUGCAAAGACGGGCUACAAACCUGCCUACAUUCAAGAGAUCGUUGUACUGGUAAGAAAAGCUGUGGCUGAACAUCAGUCUCCAAAUUAUGAGUUGAACAAAACGUUCUCACUGGAUCUCUCUCUGAAUGUGUGUGACAUUGCGAAAGCAGAGUUUGAAAAGCAACAGAAGAAAUUUGAGGAGAGUUUUAAUCCAUUAAUCUAUCUAGAGAAAAUGAAACCAGAAUACUACAGAGUUUUUCAGAAAUCCUGUGAAGGUGCCACAUCUACAGCAGUAUUUGGAGGAUUAAUCUGUAGACAGCUUGGAGACUCGAUCCUACAGAGUGUGUACAACAGUACUGAAAAUUAUCUGGCUGAUGAAAUGAAGACAAACUGUCCAGAACUUAAUGGAAACAGGACAAACCUGGAGAAACACAUUCUCAGAUCACUUGCUGAAGAGCAGAACUUUGAAAAGUUUAUGAGCUACAUCUUGACACCUAAGGAACAUUAUGAGAGCUUCAUUAAAGAUGUUGUAAAAGUUUUCAUGACUAAAGAAAACCCCAGAGUUCUUGCUCAUAUUAAAGGAAUUCUUCAACACAAACAGAAGUGUGUAAUCACUGCAGCAGAAACUGCAACUCGGGAAGUGAUAAAGAUCAAAGGAGAUGCAAACAUCUGGCUGGAAAAAUUCUCCAGUGGUCUGAAAGUUGAUGUUGAAUACAAUACAGAACAUCUCCGUGGAAGUAACUGUAAAGACAUCAGUGAUUUUCAGCUGCUUACAGAUGUAGUGAGAAAAGAAAUCUCAUUCAUUACUGAAGAGCUGAACAGGAAGUUUAACAGCAUGUCUGAUCUUAAAAUGGAGAAGUUCAGGAAGAGUCCAGAUAAGAUUCUGACUGAACACCUCUGUAGAUGCUGCUGGGCUCAGUGUCCAUUCUGUAAAGCCAUCUGUACCAGCUCAAUAGAGGGACAUGAUGGAGAUCACAGUGUCCCCUUCCACAGGUUUCAUGGCAUCAAUGGGGGUCAUUACAGAGGAACAACAAAUCUCUCCACUGAUUUAUGCACAAAAAAUGUACAAAGUAAUAAAGGUUUCUACCCAAGUCAUAAUAAUGAAGUGAGAAUUCCUUACAAAUCAUACAGAGACGCAGGAGGAGAUUAUAGUACCUGGAGCAUCACCCCAGACCUGUCUAUGUCACCAUACUGGAGGUGGUUUGUGUGUACAUUCCAGAAGGAUUUGGAAAACCAUUAUAAAAAAACAUUCCAGGGAAGUGGAGAAAUCCCUGAAGGAUGGAGAACAUUCACAAAGGAAGAUGCUCUUGAGAGUUUGGAUAAAUAAAUGUAAUUAAACCUAAACUGAUUCUGUAGGUCAUGUAGAAAGAACAAAACUCAGUAAUGAACCUGCUGCUGAAGAUACAGUGAGAAUUUAACUUUCUCUGGUAUGCCACAUUACACUGUAAUGAUCAGAUCUGUUAUUAAGCAGCUCAUUAACAAUGACUUAUAUAACAGUUUUAUUAUUAGUUUAUUAUUAGUUCAGCAGAGGUUGUACUUCCUUCGUCAGCUGAAGAAGUUCAACCUGCCACAGGAUUUGCUGAAACAGUUUUACACUGCCAUCAUCAAAUCCAUCCUCUGCACCUCAGUAACUGUUUGGUUCAGCUCAGCCACCAAAUUCAAUCUCAGUAGACUACAGAGGGAAGUCCGGACUGCUGAGCGAAUCAUUGGCACAACUCUCCCCACUCUCCAAGACCUGUACUCCUCCAGAGUGUGCAAAAGGGAAAAGAAAAUCACCCUGGACCCCUCACAUCCAGCACACUCACC